AUGGUGAAGCUGGCGACGGCGCGUGAGUGCAGAAUGUACGGGCCACGGCUGAGCCGGAACAGAGCGGAGUAUAUGAACGCCGGAGUUUACGUGUUCUCAGCGAUUGUAUUGAUAUGUGGAUUCGCUGCGUUGCUUUUGAGUCAACCAAUAUUAGGGUCGGUUUUACUGAUGAUAGGAUUAACAUGUAUAAUAGUGGUGAACGUACACGAUCUAAUCGCACAUCUCGCCGGAAUCGAUUACAGAAUCGGACUAAUGGAACUCGAUAUUCAACUUCCGUUGGUGGAGAUCGCCGUACCGGUGGUUCAGACCUUGGGAGCGAUUCUCUUCUUUUUAGCCCUUCUUUUUCUCCUCAUCCAAGAGGAUAAAGGAGAGGAUCACGCGAUGAACAUGAUUAUUGCCGGAGCUGUGUUAUGGGUGAUUGGUUCGAUACUAAAUUCAUGCCAGAUCUACGAGAGAGCUGACGGACAUGUCCAAAUCCUGCAACAAAGUGUCCAGAUCCCGUUUUUAACAGGAAGCUUCUUGUUCAUGGUGGCCGCCAUUCUUAACAGCCGUGAGCAUGAGCAAGCCGGAAUGUUACGUCAUGGUCUGCUUCUACUGACAAGGACGUGGAUAUGGAUGGGUAUGUUCGCAAGUUUUUUGUUGUUGAUUGGUGGAUUAGCAAAUGUGGUUAAAGUGUUCAAGAUGUUUCAGAUGGAUAGGUUAAGGUUGGAAAAAUUACGAGGUGGAGCACAAGAACGACUUAUGAGAAUACGUGAAGGGCAAACGCCGUUUCUUACAGAAGAACGGAGAAAGUGGCCAAGGGCGAUGGAAGCCACCACAGAACAACCGGAAGCGCCGCCAGUUCCUACAACUCCGUACAAGGAUGUUCUUGUCGGUAACUCCUGA